AAAGAGGAGAGAACAUUCAGAAAGGGACUGGGAUUCUCUCUGGCUCUCUGGGGGGCUCUAGAACCUGUCUGUCUGUCAAUUGUCAAAGACACCCCGACAAGCCAAGCCACCACCUUUGCCAUUGCUUCUUCCUCCCCUGACUGCAAAGUCCCAACCUUUCCUUAGAAAAUCCGAGCGUCUGUCUGUCGGUCUUUCACUCUCUCUAGCAGCUUCUCCCCAUACUUCAUUCCACAGCUCUCUCUCUCUCGCUUGCUAUCUGUGCUAACGUCUCCUUCUUCACUGGGUCUCGCAAGAAUGGCUACUCCCGCAUACACUGUGGCAUCAGACAGCGAAACCACUGGAGAGGAAAAGACUUCAUCGCCCUUCCCUGAGCUUGCGAUUGGAAUUGACAUAGGAACCUCCCAAUGCAGUGUUGCCUUCUGGAACGGUUCCCAAGUCGAGCUCCUCAGGAACACCAGGAACCAAAAGCUCAUGCGGUCCUAUGUCACUUUCAAAGACGAACGCCCUGCGGGUGGGGUCAGCAACCAACUGUCUCAUGAACACGAGAUGCUAUCAGGAGCGGCAAUUUUCAACAUGAAGCGUCUGAUUGGGAGAGUCGACACUGACCCAAUUGUCCAUGCGAGCAAGAACCUGCCAUUUCUUGUGCAAACGCUAGACAUCGGAGUUCGUCCUUUUAUUGCCGCUCUUGUGAACAACGUGUGGAGGUCCACUACUCCCGAGGAAGUCCUCGCAAUAUUCAUGGUUGAGUUAAGGGCGAUGGCUGAAAUUCAGCUAAAGCGGCCGAUAAGGAAUGUUGUUCUGACUGUUCCAGUGUCGUUCAGUCGGUUCCAGCUGACUCGCAUUGAGCGUGUCUGCGCAAUGGCAGGCCUCCAUGUCCUCAGACUGAUGCCUGAGCCAACUGCUGUCGCCUUGCUAUAUGCUCAGCAGCAGCAGCAACAGAGUGCUAAUGAUACCAUGGGAAGUGGGAGCGAGAAGAUUGCCCUGAUCUUCAACACGGGGGCAGGGUAUUCGGAUGUGGCAGUGACGGCCACUGCUGGUGGCGUCUCACAGAUAAAGGCCUUAGCAGGGACUACUCUGGGUGGGGAAGACUUACUUCGUAAUACAAUGCAUCAUCUCUUGCCUGAGUCUGAGAAUCUCUUUAGUAAGGGUCGUGGGAUUGACGAGAUAUGCUCGAUGGGAAUACUCCGAGUAGCCACCCAGGACGCCAUUCAUACACUCUCCUCCCAGACGAGCGUUCAAGUCGAUGUUGAUUUAGGAAAUGGGGUGAAGGUAUGCAAGAUCUUAGACCGGCAGGAAUUCGAGGAGGUGAACCGUGCAGUGUUUGAAAAGUGCGAGAACCUUGUGAGGCAAUGCCUGUACGAUGCAAGGGUGGUUGUUCAAGAUGUGAGUGAUGUCAUACUUGUUGGUGGGUGCUCGCACAUUCCAAGAAUAAGAAAUAUCGUGACAAGUAUUUGUGAGAGAGAGGAGAUUUAUUCAGGGAUAAACCCCUUGGAGGCGGCUGUCUGUGGGGCGGCUCUAGAAGGGGCUGUUGCUUCAGGGAUAAGUGACCCAUUUGGAAGUUUGGAUCUUCUCACCAUUCAAGCGACACCACUUGGUAUCGGGAUUCGAGCAGAAGGGGACAACUUCGUCCCUAUCAUCCCUCAGAACACGACGAUGCCCGCUCGGAGGGAGCUGACCUUCACAACUGUCCACGACAAUCAGACCGAAGCGCUGAUCGUGGUUUAUGAAGGUGAAGGAGAGAGAGUUGGAGAGAACCACCUGCUGGGCUAUUUCAAGAUGGUUGGGAUUCCCUCAGCACCGAAAGGAGUUCCAGAGAUCAAUAUAUGUAUGGACAUCGAUGCUUCAAACAGUCUGAGGGUCCUGGCAGGGGUGGUGGUGCCUGGGGCCAAUCAGCCUGUAGGUCCUGUAAUGGAGGUGAGGAUGCCCAUGGUUGAUGAUGGGCACGGGUGGUGUGCUGAAGCUCUGAACAGGACUUAUGGGUCAAGUCUAGACCUGGUCACCCUGCAGAAGAAGACCCGCAAGUGAGCAUCUACGUAUAUCAGCACAUAUCUUAUAUUGUGUGUCUCAAAUACUUUUUCCAAUCAAUACAUGUUUCUGCAUAACAAUGUGAUACCUGAUAUAGAGUCCGUGAGGCCAGAAUGCUUGAGGGUUGGAUGUAAUUAAAUAAGUGAACGGCAAAAAUCUAUAAGAAUUUGUUGCGUCUUGCAUUUCUCAGUUUGA